CAUGACAUCGAGCAGAUCCAUGUUGUCCUGUUGCGCCUUGAUUGUGUGCGUGAAGAAGGCGUACGUCUUGCCUGGCAUCAGGUCGUGCAUGUCGAGGCCCAAGGGUCGCUUCACGCCCAUGAUGAGCGUGGCCUCGGAGAGGUCCUCGCGCACCUCCGCUCCGACCGCCGCGUACUCGGCCGACGUGUAUGUGCGUCUGUUGGACGGCUGCAACAGCACACGCACCCCCUUCAGCACCAGUUGGCGCACAUGCGACGGUGCCAGAGGCGCUCUUCUCUCCCACAGGUUGAUGGUCUCGCGUCGGAUGCCGAGCACCGGCCGGAACUGGCCGGCCGAGCUCGAGGGCAGCUGGUACCGGCGCGGCUCGAGCACCAGUCGCGCCGUGAGGAGGCGGCCGCGCGCCAGUGCCAGCCUCGGCAGGUGCAACAGAUCGCCAGACAACAUGGCCGCCGCGUCGAGCAGACGAUGGAGGCAGCCGGUGGAGAGGGCGUCGGCUCGAGUCCCGACCGUCGAGUGCAACUGGCGCGGAAAGUGGUCUCGGUCAAUCUGCGCCGCAAGGUCUGGCACCAAGUGAGCUCAACUGGUCGGACGCCUGCCUCGUCGCACUGUCUGCACCCAGCCACGCAGUCGCCGGUUGGCUGCUCCAAUGCAAGCCCAUGCCUGCGUGCGUGCGUGAGUGCAGACCCGAGCGGAACAGUUGCGGUCACCUUUGCCAGCCCCCUUCGAAGGGGCUGGCUGUUGCCGUGGCCUCGGAAGGGCAGACCAUGUCAACGCCCCACCAGCACGACUCGCACCGAGCAAGCCCGCUCGGUUGGGCGGUCCGACAGCAGGGCCCCUUUGACCCGCCAUGCCAUGACGGCGACGGGAUCAGGGCCGAUCGGAUCUGGCACCAAUUGCCCUUCGAAAGCAGGCCCACCUUCACAAACGUCUCCAGACUUAGCGCCUGAUCUGCUGUCGCUAGGGCAGCAGCUCUUUCAACCGGUUGCUCCAGGUACAGAGGCCGACAAGUCUAGACAGGUACUCAUGGCACAAGAAGGCAGACAGACUGGUAAACGCAAGCCCCCGAUCGAUAAGGCUACAGACACAGUCAGUCUGGCAAUGCGAUCAGCUCAUAAUUGGCCCAAGUCCGUUAACUGA